UUAACCGAUUAGAAAAUGAUAAAAUUUUAUAUCAAACUGAAAACAAUAAACUUAAAAAAGAAUUACAACGCAUUGCCAGCAGAUAUGACGAUAAUAAAACAGAGCUUAAAAGAUAUUAUAAUAUUAUUCAAAGACCUUAUUCUGUAUUACAAGAAUUGUUUAAUUCUAAUAAAAUAGCAGACCUAUGUAAUAAAAUUGGAAAAAUUUGUGAUGAAGAUUUUGUAAGUAGUUAUAAUAUUUCAACUAUAUCAAAUAAUAUAGUAUACAAUUCAUUUGAUAAUACUCUUAAUGCUUCUGAGGAAAAAAUAGCUGAGAUAGUUAAAGAUAGUAGAAAACAAUUUUCACCUUUAGUUCGAUCACAAUAUUUUUAUGAUGCAAACGAGAAAGAAUUUGAUACUAAUAAAUUUAAUUUUUAA